AUGUCUUCAAAAGAUACCACAAGAGUGAACAAGCGAGGCACUCCACGUCGUCGGAAGGUUGCACUAGCUUGUGAAACGUGUCGCGAAAAGAAGGUGCGGUGCGACGGAGAGAAGCCGAUCUGUGGGCCUUGCUCCCAACGAUCCUACUCGAUUGAUAAAUGUGUCUACAAAAUUGAAAAUGCUCGCUCUGCCAGUAACGACGCCUACUUGAAAAUACUUCAUGACCGAAUCCGAGAACUCGAAGAGGUAUGCGCACGAAAUGGCGUCACAGCUCCGGCUCCGGCUUCAUCUAUGUCACCACUGGAAAGAGAAAAUGAAACCGACAAAACCAAUGAGCAACAACCAAAAAUCAGUGACUUGGAUGCGGAUUCUCGUACUUCUGUUGCCGCGGAGGGUUUGCUUGGGCUGGGAUCCCGCGUGCCCCUUUCACAACCUCUUUCGACACCUGCCCCUCCAGGGACGACUCAUCAGCACACAUACCAACCGCCUUUGCAUUUCUCUCAAUCGGUGACAAGGGACUCCGAAUCACAUGCUCCGCAGUAUGAUAACUCAAGACAUUAUGAAUCUAUUCAAUUUACACCGGCACACAUGGACCCUUCUCCUUUAAAUUCCCACGGCAGUGUGACGGCAAUGGGCUCAAUAUCGGUUGCAGAUGAUGGAGAAUGCUCCGAUUCACCCAGAGAGCAAUACUAUGGAAACUCUUCGGCAGCCUCUUUUAUGCGUCUUGCACGGAACUCUGUGCCAAUCAGUUCUUAUCUAAAAGCAUUGAGACAUGCAGACCAAACUCCAAAUGCUUUGGAUCGUGACACGGGGCUCUGGCAGGAUAUUAAUACCACAGCGACCCCAUCGGGCUUUCAGAUUAGCGACUUCUCCCUUCCACCACGACCAUUGGCUGACCAUCUCCUGGAAUCCAAGUGGCCGAAGCCCAAUUUGCCUGAUCUGAAUAUCGGUCUUGGGGGAUCGUUUGAUUCUGCGCCCCAGUCAAUUGUCUUUCACGCUGCAUUGAAUGCUAUCUUCGCCCUAAGCUGCCACUUCUCCGAUAUUCCUGCUGGAGAACGGGAGGCUGCGGCGUACUCGUUUUUUCUUCGGGCCAAACGCUUCAUUGGCCUAGAUUUCUUGGAUACGAACACGAUUGGCGUUGUACAGACAUUACUUAUUGUUGCAUUGCUUCUCCAGAGCACCCCAUACACAAACAGAUGUUGGAAUGCCAUUGGAUUAGCAUGUCGAGUAGCCCAGGGGCUUGGCUUGCACGAAACCAUGACACAAAAAUCAAUUACGCCCUUGGAGAAAGAGAUUCGACGUCGGACUUGGCAUGGCUGCGUCAUGAUGGACAUGAUUUUGAGUAUGACCUAUGGUCGACCAAGCAUGACAUCUCACAUAUCGCCCAUAUUCCCCGUCCCUCUUCCCGCGAUGCGGCCUCAAUCCCAAGCUGAAGAUCCAUGUGCUCUCAGUGGACAACCAUGUGAUCAUAAGCUAGGACACAUCGCAUUCUAUACCUCUACGAUUGAGCUCUAUAAAAUUCUUGAAUCUAUCUUGGCCGAUGUUUACAAUGCAUGGCAGGGUCAAUCCCAAAAUCACCGCACCAUCUCUGUUCAAGGCACCCGGCAAAUUAGCAUGGACAUUAUCAUGGAACUAGAUGAUAGGCUUUCUGCCUUCGAGGCCAAUAUCUCUCCGGUGCUUGAUUGGACUACUCCACGGCAACAAUUCGGUCCUGAAAAUAAUCCACAGCCAGUACUUCAGCGCCAGCGAAAUCUUUGUUCCAACGAGCGGACAGAUUUCACGCGGCAGACGAGUACCGACAGAAGCACAGAUACCGCCCGGCUAGAGAAAAAUGUUAUUUACACGUCCAUGUCUGUGAACUGCGCUGCAGCAUGUGUGACAGCAGCCAUUGAAUUGGUUUCGCUCGUAUAUGAGACAUACACGACAUCGCUAACAGAUGCUUGGUGGUAUAACGGCUUCUACACUUCCACCGCAGGGUUUGUCCUGAUCAUGUCAUACUCCUGCUCGUCGAUAUUGAAGAAGGUCGAUUCUCAACUUAUCGCUGAUACAUGGCGGAAAUGCGAGAAAAUCCUUACCCACAUGGCAUCGUUCAGCCUCUCAGCACGCAACUCACUACAAUUCCUCCAAAUAACACACCAUCACAUUGUACAAAACUACACUACUGUCUCCCGUCAAGAAGGACUUGGGCCUUUGCCUCCUGCUCAUUUGCAGCGAAGGACUACUCGGACAGAAAUGCCAUCUCAACCUCAGCCCACCGAGACCUUUCCGGAGGAAUUCGCCCGUGAUAUGGAUCAAAUUGGCCUGGGUAACAACCUCUUGACAGGCUGGGACGAGAUUGGCUUGGGACAAGAGGAAUUUGGAUUCCUUGGGAGAUUCGAUGUGCCUGAUAUUGCGAGCUGGUUUCCGGAUUUACCUGAUCCUCCUUUCCCGACCUAG